UCGGCAGUGGAUAAAGGUAGUCCGGAUUCGUCUCUGUCGUCAGAUGAGCUCCCUCAUUGUAUUGGAAGGAGGAAUAAUCGGCUUCUUUUGGUCUAAAAGAUGGCAAACCCUGUUGUUUUCUUUGACAUCACAAUUAAUGGCGCCAGCGCGGGCAGGAUCACGAUGGAGCUUCGAGCAGACGUAGUACCGAAGACUGCCGAGAACUUCCGGGCGCUGUGCACGGGCGAGAAGGGUUUCGGCUACAAGAAUUCCACCUUUCACCGCAUCAUUCCCGCCUUUAUGUGCCAGGGCGGUGACUUCACCAAGCAUGACGGGACGGGAGGCAAGUCCAUCUACGGCGAGAAGUUCGCCGACGAGAACUUCACGCUGAAGCACGGCGGCUUUGGGACGCUUUCCAUGGCCAACGCCGGAACCAACACCAACGGCUCACAGUUCUUCCUCUGCACGGCGGAAACCGAUUGGCUGGACGGGAAGCACGUGGUGUUCGGGAAGGUGUUGGAAGGCUCGGAUGUGCUGAAGAAGAUGGACAAGCUUGGGAGUGCCAAAGGGGACCCCAAAGCCAAGGUGGUCAUCGCCGACUGUGGCCAGAUCAAGUAGCUCCACAGCGCCCCCUGCACGCCUGCUUUGUGUUGUCACUAAACGACGUCAACCCGAUGUGUGGAGUCUUCUUCAUGACAGCACUGCACCUGUUCACCACCAGGGGGAACCUUGAAAGUCACAUCAAUUCUCGUUAAGCAACAAAAUGGUCAGAAAUUGGACCUUUUUUUUUUUAAAUAAAAUCCACUGUAAAUCUUGUCACUUUUUUCAGAGAAAAUUUGUAUUUGAGCUUUUAAACUUUUUUUUUUUUUUUUCUCCGCCCCCCAAAAAAAUGUCUUCUAUUUUUCUUUAUGGCUUAAUCACUCACUGUAACCAAAUUCAUGUAGUUUAAAAAAAAAAAAAGUCUUGGUUAAAAAUUUUUUUUGGGGGGGACGGCGUGGUGGGGGAUUGUACCACUACAAUUUAAACCUGUAAAGUUCUUUCAUUUUCCGUACCGCAUCUCCUCAGGUAGCUCACGGGCGUGCUGGCCUCUCUACCAGCAAUCUUUUGACUGUCCUACCUACCAACAUUCCUACUCUAACAAUAAAUUGGAUUAAUCAUUAUUGAAAAAUAUAUUUUCAAGACAGUCGUAAUAUGAAAAUACAAUUAAAUAUUUUUUUCAAGGAUAGAAACCUUUUUCAGUAAUAUGAAAUGAAACCCACCUGUUCACCAUAAUGGAAAAGAAAAGGCAACAAAAUUAUUUGACCAAAAGGAAAAGUUUAUUGAGAGCAGGCAGUUUGGAAUAGAAAUUGUUCAACAUAAAAGGAAAAGUCUAAAAAGCAAACGAGAUCAAAAAUGAUCUCAGAAAUAAAAUUAUUAUGGAAAAUAAAAAGAAGUAUGACGAUAUAAAGAGGCAACCAAUCACAACACAGAACCAGACAACACGUUUUGACAUCCACACAUCAAUAUGAGCACAUUUGCUAUUAACGUUCAAGUUGAAAUAAAACUAAAUUGUGACACAGUGGCACAAGUUUUUUUUUUAUUUUUUUUUUUUUUACUAUUUCAAAUACGAAAAUAUGCUAACAUGGAUAAAAGGACACAAAGGUCACAUGUUGGUCCCCAGGUGGCCAGCUAACACAAACAUUAACAUUGGCAGUUUAAAAUCACAACAAACCACAACAACACAGGAGCUAACAAACAAGCUCUCCUCUUCAAAACACUUCAUUAGUCUUUGCUAAGCUAACAGUUAGCAUUCGCCAUCAAAUGCUUUAUGUAUUUGUGACGUGUUUUUUUUUUUUUUGGUUUGUGUGAAAACGUCAAGCGUGUUGAUUAGCUUUAUCGGGAAACCAGGUUAGCUUGUGCUAUGCUAUGUUCAAGCGAAUGUCAGCGGCUAAUAUCUUUCUGGUGUUAGUUGUGGAGAAAAACAAAAUCAGCAUUUGACACGACUGAUUAAAUAAAUUCAACUAUGUUUACAUUAUCGCUAAGCUAAUUAGCUUUGUUGUUGUGAAGUCACAUGGAGCAAGUUAAAAAAAAACAUAACUAACACGAUGCCUAAGUACAUGUGAUAACGUAACGCAAAAUCUAUUUUUUGUUGAGCAGAUUCUAAAGUUGUUUUUCAUUAGCCGGCGUUAGCCGGUAGUGCUAACCUUACCGAGCACUUCAGCACCUGUUAUCAUCAUUCAGGCAGUUAGUAGCUGAUUUCAUGCACAUGGAAUGUUUUGAUAUCAUGCUAAUGCCCAGUGGACACGUUAGCCAUUAGGAUUAGUUUAGCCGUGAUAACGAACCAUUGCUCCUCUUUAAAACACUUUAUUGCUGUGCUAACAGUGAGCAUUUCCUGUCAAAUGUUUACAUAUUUGUGAUGUGUUUUCCUUCAAAAAUGACAAGCACAUGAAGAAAAACAAUAAAAAUAAGUAUUUGACACUGUUAA